UGACUGACAGCUAAAACGCCAUUUUGCUAUUAUUACAGAAGGUUGCAUUAUCUGUUCGUCAACAAUGUAAAGUGAAAUGUUUGCUGGAUUUUUACAGUGAAUGUAAUGUGAAGUGCUAUUUUAACCCUCAAUUUCUAAACUAGGGUUAUGGAGGAGUCCAACGACGAGCUCAGGGUCGUUCCCGAGCUCUACUUUCUGAUAGCGAAAUUUCUAUCGGGCGGACCCCUGAAGGAGACUGCAAAGACUUUGCUAAAAGAGCUCGAGACUAUAGAGGUGCUGCCUCGGCGACUGGACUGGGAGGGACACGAGCACGCCCAGUCUUACGAUGAACUGGCUUCUCAACAUGCUGACGUAUCGUGGCGCCGCCUGGCGUCAGUCUGCGAGCGCGCUGUGGCACUGGCGCGGCUGGCGCCCAGCCAGGCCCCGGGCGGGGGCCCGGCCGGCGCCCCGCCCCGCAUAGCGGCGCGGCUGUCGCUGCUCAGUGAGACACUGGUGCGCCCCCGGCCGCGCUACGCGUCCCACAUGACCGACCACAGCCUGGUGCGGCGCCUGAUGGCGCGCGAGCUGGGGCAGGGCGCGGCGGCGGCGCCGGGCGGGCGCGGGGGCCCGGCGCUGUUCCCGCCGCGCCUGCUGGCCGGCCUGCAGCUGCAGCGGCGCACGCUGGGCCACCUGUCGGCCGUGUACUGCCUGGUGGUGGACUGCUCGGGCCGCUACGUGAUGACGGGCGCCGACGACAUGCUGGUGAAGGUGUGGAGCGCGCUGGACGGGCGCCUGCUGGCGACGCUGCGCGGCGUGGGCGCGGAGGUGACGGACGUGUGCGUGAGCGCGGACGGCGCGCUGCUGGCGUGCGGGUCGGUGGACCGGCUCGUGCGCGUGUGGUGCCUGCGCUCGGCCGAGCCGCGCGCCGUGCUGGCCGCGCACGCCGGCACCAUCACGUCCGUGCACUGGGCGCCGCCCGCGCGCCGCGACGUGCGCUGGCUGGCCUCCACGUCCACGGACUGCUCCGUGGCCUUCUGGACCUGCUCCCCGGACGGCCACUUCCUGUCGCAGCCGGUGCAGUACGUGGAGCGCAUGCGGCCCGGGGUCUGCCACAUGAUUUGCGCCGCCUGGUCCGCCGGCGGGGCCUUCCUGGCCGCCGGCAGUGCCGACCACCACGUGCGCAUCUACACCGUGGAGCACGAGCCCGGCGGACCCAAGCGGGUGCUGGAGACUCCGGUCCACGACGACGCAGUGGACAGUAUCGCGUGGGCGCACCGCGGCCUGCGCUUCGUGUCAGGCAGUAAAGACGGCAGCGCGGCGCUGUGGACGCUGCACGCGACGCAGUGGCGCCACGUGCUGCUGCAGCCGCAGAGCGAGGCGGGCGACGGCAAGCGGCUGAAGAUGACCAUGGUGUGCUGGGACCGCUCCGACGCCUUCGUGCUGACGGCCGUGUCGGACCACAGCAUCCGCGUGUGGUGCGCGCGCUCGGCGGCGCCCGUGCGCGCGCUGCGCGGCCACCGCGACGAGGCCUACGUGCUGGAGGCGCACCCCUUCCUGGCCGGCGUCUUCCUGUCGGCCGGCCACGACGGCCAGCUCUUCGUCUGGGACGCGCGCGAGCCCGAGCCGCUGGCCGCCUUCCACAACCGCAUCGAGGGCCACGGGGACGGCGCCAUCUUCGACGCCAAGUGGGGCGGCGGCGCCAGCGUGGCCGCCACCGACUCGCACGGACACCUGCUGCUGCUGGGCCUGGGCCGCGGCCAUCGUCUGUACGGGGCGCUGCCGCCCGAGCUGUUCUUCCACACGGACUACCGGCCCGUGGUCGUGGACGCGCAGGGCAUCGCCCACGACGAGCAGACCGACACGCCACCGCAUCUUCUGCCGCCGCCCUUCCUGGUGGAUGUCGAGGGUGCGCCACACCCACCAGAGUUCCAACGCCUGGUGCCAGGGCGCGAGCACCUGGCGCUAGCGCAGCUCAUCCCCAUGGCGGAGGCGCCGCGCUCGCGCAUCGACGCCAUGAUCGAGGCGCUGGCCGGCGCCCGCUCCCCGCGCGGCGUGUGGCGCGGCGAGGGCGUGCGCUACACGGCCGGCUCCUGGCAGCGCGGCGAGGCGCCCCCGCUGGCGCCGCGCGCCAUCGUGGCGCCGCUGGCCCCCGCCGUCAGCGAGCGCCUGCACCGCGCCGCCGCCGAGCUCAACGCGCUGGAGCAGGCGUGGUACCGGCGCGAGAUGCGACGCCGUCCGCUCAUGAUCAGCACGGCCCCCGAGGGCGCGGGCCCCCGGCGGCGCGCGGGGCGGCGCCCCCGGGCCGCGCCGCGCUCGCCGCGCACGGUGCCGCGCGCGCCCGACCCGCCGGAGCCCGAGUCGGCCGCGUCGUGCAGCGACACGUCGGACGAGUGGGUGCAGCGCGCCCCCCGCGCCGCGCGCUCCGCCCGCUCGCAGCGCUCCGACGGGGACACGCAGCACUCCAGCCUCGACCUCACGGACUCCGACUCCAGCUCUUCGUCAUCGUCGCAGUACUCGGACUGGGAGGCAGGCGCGGCGCUGGCGCCCCCUGCGCGCGCCCGGCGGAGGCCCCUGCCCACCAACCGGUACGUAGCCUGCCCCGAGCCGGGCCCCGGCCGCGGCCCCCGGGUCCCGCGGCCGGUGCCUCACCCCACGGCCUGCAGUUACAGCCCCUCGGUGACCAAGCGCGCCGCCCGCGGAGCCCCGCCCGCCGCCGCCAGCGCGGAGCCGGACGCCGCGGGGCCCGCGCCGGCGCCCCCGGACGACCUGCCGGACGCGUACCGGCCCGGCGACUGGAUCACCGCAGUCAUGCCGCGCAAGGCGCCGUACCACCCGCAGAUGGGCGACGAGUGCCUCUACUUCCGACUGGGCCACCAGCGCUACUUCGAGGCGGUGUCGGAAAAGGACGUGUACCGCGUGGCGGCCCGCGACCGGCCGUGGGAGCUGGCGGGCGUGGGCGAGGUGUACCCGUGCGAGCUGGUCAAGGUGGUGGGCAUCAAGUACGUGAUCCGGCCGCCGCGCCUGGCCUGCCUGCGCCUGGCGCGGGCGCUGGCGCCGGCGCGCGCCGGGCUGACCGUGCGCUACCACGACAUGCCCGACGUCAUCGACUUCCUCGUGCUGCGCCAGCAGUACGACGCGGCGGCGGCGCGGCGCUGGGGGCCCGGCGACCGCUUCCGCUGCAUGAUCGACGACUGCUGGUGGGCCGGCACCGUGCUGGAGAGCUCGGCGGAGGCCUCGCCCCCGGACUCGGGCUGCGCCGCCGCGCUGGCGCCGCCCGAGGCCGCCGCCUGGGCCGCCGCCGCCGCCGAGCAGUUCCUCUCGUUGCGGGUUCGAUGGGACAACGGAGAGGUGGAGCGCCUGUCGCCGUGGGACCUGGAGCCGCUGGACCCGGAGCGGCUGCCGGGCGUGGCGGGCGGCGCCGUGGCCGUGCUGCCGCACGAGCUGGAGGCCGCGCUGUACCGCGCCGCGGCCGACGAGUGGCCGCCGCGCGGCGACCGCGCCGCCGCCUGCCGCGCCGCCGCGCAGCACGUGGGCGCCGUCAUGUCGCUGGCGGCGGCCGAGCCCUUCGCGGCGCCCGUGGACCUGGCGCGCUACCCGCUGUACGCGCGCGUGGUGCCGUACCCCGUGGACCUGGCCACCAUCCGCGCGCGCUUCGAGCACCUGUUCUACCGGCGCGCCGCGGCCGCGCAGUGGGACGCGCGCUGCCUGGCCAGCAACGCCGAGCGCUUCAACCAGCCGCACUCCGCCAUCGUGCGCCAGGCGCGCCUCGUCAGCGACCUGCUCCUGCACAUCAUCGCGCACUGGCGCGACGUGGACGUGCUGGCCAAGUACCACGAGCUGGCCGCCGGCUACCGCAGCUCCGACGACGAGCCGCUGGGCGCGGCGCCGGGCGGGCCGGGCGCGGGCUGGCGCGACGCCUGCGGCCGCGUGCUGGCCGAGCUGCUGGCGUCGGCGGACGCGGAGCCCUUCCGCCAGCCCGUGCUGCCGGGCGCGGCGCCGGACUACGCGCGCGUGGUGGCGGCGCCCAUGGACCUGGGCACGGUCCGCUCGCGCCUGCUGGCGGGCGCGUACGGCGGCGCCGACCAGUUCGCGGCCGACGUGCGCCUCGUCUUCUCCAACAGUCGCCUCUACAACACCAACAAGCGCAGCCGGCUGAUGAACGGUCACUCUGCUGCGGAGACGUCAGCCAGUUCUGCCAGUUCUGCCAGCUCUGCCAGCUCGUCGAACUCGUCGGACUCUGAGUCCGAGACGCUGGCGGCGACAUCUCGCCGCGUACACGGCAGACAACGAUCUGACUCGUGGGACAGUGAUGCUCCGCUACAUAUGCAUCGGAAGGACGAAGACAUCGAAGACGAAGAAGAGGACGAAGGCGGCGCGUCGUCGUGGUCGGGGUCCGGGUCGGGCAGCUCGGCGUCGUCGGGGCGCGGCGCGGGGCGGCGGGGGCGCAGCGCGGGCCGGCGGGGGCGCAAGCGGCGGCGCUCGGGGUCGUCGUCGUCGGGCGCGCCGCUGCAGGCGCUGGCGCGGCGCGGGCGGCGCGCGCGCGGCGCGGCGCGGUACAACGAGGACUCGUCGGACGAGGCGGCGGCCGCCAUCUCCAAGCGCGCCGGCCGCGCGCCCGCCCGCGCCGCGCUCGACCCGCGCCGCCGCCGCCACGCGCGCUACCUCAACGGACACGCGCUCAACGGACACGACGUGGGCGCCGGCGAGGGCUCCAGUGGGUCGCAGGGCUCGGGCCCCGGCGCGGCGAGCGGGUCCGGGGGCCCGGCGCCCCCGACGGCGCUGUCCAUCUCGUCGCGGGGGCGCGUGCGCAAGCUGACGGCCAAGGCCCGGGGCCUGCUGCACGACUGA